AUGCUCAAGAAAUACAUUGUUGUCAUAUCAGCUAACCUACUGCUAAAAAAUGCAUUUAAUUCGAGCCCAUUUGGUGCGCAUGCCAUGGUCACACAGACAGACCGGGAACCAUCAAAUGCAGAGGAAGAAAUUAUUUCGGUUAACUACGAACCUGUAGAAGAAGAUCCAAACGAAGCAUAUGACUACAUAGAAAUACAAGAAUACAGUGACGGUGGAAAUGUAGCAAAUGAGAGAUAUGAGAAUGAACAAGAUAUAGAACUUCAAAGCUUAAAUAAAAUUAUCGAAAGCCAGGAAGAAAGCGAAACACAAAAGGAAGAGGAAGAAGAAAACGAAGUGGAAGUGAUCGACGAUGACGACUCUGAUAAAGAAGAGCAAAAAGAUUCUGAUGGCGAAGACAGUGGUGAAGAAGCAGGUGGAGAAUAUGUAAUACAACAAGUGCACGUAAGUAGAAUAGCUAUACAUGAAAAUAUAAACAGCAUUGAAGAAUUGGAAGAUUUACUUGACAGCUACAAAUCUCUGUAUUCAAUUUUCUUCGUAGAAUUUGAGACAACACAAACGUAUUUAAAUAAAAUUAUGAACUGUUCUACAGAUGAAGAAAAAAAUGAACUCUUAGAGGACCACAUUGGUAUUUUACAAGAAAUGCAUGAAAAUAACAAAAAAAAUUAUAAUUAUAGAUUACCCUUCGAGCUACGAGAUUCCAUGGCACUUCGAAUAAGUGAUCGCCUUAGAGAUUUCUGCUUUAACGAACCCCUAACAGAUUCGUACGUGGCAACAUUAAAGUCUAUCUUUGCACUAGAAUUAGAAGUUUUCAAAGGUCUCUUUUAUUACUUAAAACACAAAACCACCUAUAAUGAAAAAAAGGAAGUUAUAAACGACUUAGAAUUAAUAAAAUAUUAUCACGAAGAAUUUCUUACCGACAAUGACUUGUACCUAACAGAAGAACAGCUAGACAAUGCAGCAAUGAGAGUAUCCAAUUUUGUCAAUGACAUAUAUUUUAU